GGCGGUAGGCCGCAACCCACUGUUCAGAUGCCAAUAUAAGAGCCUGCAUGUAUCACAGGAGAGGAGCUCUUGUGAGUGUCAGGCAGUUUACACACACUUUGACAGAGAGAAGGCUUGCCGCUAUGGGACACACUCUGAUUGGAACGCGUGGUUCAGCUGAGGAUGCUGAUGGGGAUGUGGUGAUGGAUCUGGGCCCAGACCAGUCUGUGCUCGUCCUAAUGGAGCACUGCCGGGAAAUGAAGCGGCAGGAGACGCGCCUUAGACUCUUCACUCUGCUGCUGCUGCUCGGCUGCACUGCGCUCCUCAUGUUCGCCAUGUGGGCUGGUUUAAUACAAAGUGGAUCCAAAGAAGAAGUGAUCAAUGUUGAGCAAAGUCCAGCCUACUCCAAGCAAGAGAGAUGUCCUCCUGCAGAUGACCCUCAGACGAACUUCACCAGACUGCACGUCAGUCUCAGGUCUAUGAGUCACGAGAGCAUUCCUGAAGGACAGGUCAUCACAUGGAAUUCAGAGUUUGAACCAGCCAACAAAGUGGCAACAAACAUUGUGAUUCCUGAGAAUGGCUUCUAUUUUGUCUAUCUGAACUUUGCUUUAUUCCGCGUCUGUAAGCAUGAGGGUGCUGCCAAGUUCACAAAGUUUGUAGGGGAGCUGCGCAGAUCUAGUGAAGGCUAUCCUAAGCCUGAAAGCCUGAUGGUGGUCUAUGACCGUUUGAGGUGCAAUUCACUGCAGUACAGGAACCUGUUUGGCGGGCAGCUUUUUAAAUUGUCAAAAAACGAUAGACUCAGCGUGUUAAUAAAGGAGGGCUUCGAUCUCAUCCACAAAUCUAAAUUUGGUGCUUAUCUUGUAUAGAGAAUAUGCUUUGAUGAUAAUAUAUGAAUCAUUGUGCAUGUAUUCAUUGUUUCAGUCUCACUAAUGCCUCUUUAAAGUAGGUUUUAUUUAGAUGUCAAUAUAGGCUUCUUUAUAAUCACAUAUUAUUUCUAAGCUAUGUAUGCCUCUUAGGAUUCAUAAUAACUCAGUGCUCAGGUUUGAAAGCUAUACACCGACACAGAUAGGUGAAACAUUACAGGAAGUGUACAUUAUAUUACAUUUCUGGCAGUUCUUGAGGAUACACAUUCAGAAGAGCAAACAUCUGUAUUAGCUGCCAGUAAGCCGCCUCUUUAAGAGCUCCAUGCAGAAAGAAGAUGAUUUUAGAUUUCAGAUCAGUCGUUCCAUCAAGCUGUUUUCCAGGACAGCUCUCAUGCCAAAUACAACAGAUGUGAAUGGAAUGUUGUUGUUGUGUUGAAAGCAUGGACAUUUAAAAUCAUUCAACAUCUCGACCUCUGCUCAUUUGUGAAAGCUUACCAACAUAAAUACAUUUGAAUCCUUAGAGACUUGUUUGUUGAUUAAAGAGUAUUUAUUGAUAUGUACAAAUGAUGGAAACGUGAAUAGUCUCUGGCCAUAAGACCCCAUCGGAUACUUUAUUAUGUUGAGCGUAGGUUACUCAGAUCAUUAAUUUAUUUAUGAAGGACAAACUUAUAUAAUGAAUAUUAAAUAAUGUACAAACAUAAUUUAUAGUGUCAUGUAUGGUGUAUUUGUGUCAUCACUACAAUUCUGAUUGUAUUGGACUCAUUGCAUAUUUCUUCUGAUUUGUUAGAUUAGAUUUUACUGUUAGAUUGCAGUCCCUUUGUUGUAAUAUGUUUUUAAAUAAACUGUAACAAUUUUAUAUUCA